AAUGUGCGAAUAAAAAUGGAAAGCUCGCCAUCCAGUUCCAUUGAAAAACAAAUUGAUCACUUUUUGGAGCACUUCAAACGCAGUGCUUCCAAGGCCAUCGAUGCGGAGUGGGGCAGCGGCCCCGAUAUCAACAGUGGACAGUCCGGCAGUCCACAAAGGCAGCCGCCCUUGCAACGUUUGCUGCAAAGAACCAAAAGUCGGUCCAGUUGCCUAGACGUGUCGGAGCUAUCGGACAAUGAUGUGGAAACUGCGCUGGCCGAGUCCCAGGCUAUUGUGAUGAGCGCAUCGCAGACACAGCAAUCACAGCAAUCUCAGCAAUCACAACAAUCACAGCAACGACAGCAGCAGUUGGUCAACCAUCAUAUGAUUGAUUCCCAGAUAUCGGUUAGCAGUGGGACAUCCAUACAGACGGCGAUCUUUCAAUCGCUGAGCAACUCGCCGGCGCAUACGAAUCGCAGCACGGGAUUCCUACAGCAUACCACGUCCACGAUCAGCAGCAACUCGACCACCUCGGUCAACUCACAGGGUGUCGCCUAUGCCGCCGAAGCGUUGAGCUCACAAAGGGCUGCGGAGCAGAUCAACUCGUUGCUAGAGCACAUUAGUCCGGCCCAAGCGGCUGCUGCGAUGAGCGGUGAGGGAGUGCUCAAUAUAGCCGAUGUGGCGGAUCUGUUGCAUCCACAGCAUGCGAUCAUCACCGGAGGUCGCUCUCAAGAGGGUUGUCCGCUGAUCAUUUUCCCGGAUAACAAUAAUUUUAACUCCAUCGAAGAAGCCGAUUAUCAGAAGCUCAUCUUGUACCUCAGCUCAGUGCCAUCUCUACAAGAUGCAGAUCUCGGAUUCCAUUUGAUUAUCGAUCGUCGCAAGGACAGAUGGACAUCGGUGAAGACGGCGUUACAGCGGAUAUCGAUUUACUUCCCAGGUAUUAUACAUGUGGUCUAUGUGCUGCGCCCCUCGGGUCUCUUUCAAAAAGCCAUAUCCGAAGUGAGCUCAAAGUUUUCCUCCAAGGAUGAAUAUCGCUUUCGGCUUGUCGUCUGCUCAGCUCUCUCCGAACUGCAUGAGUUUGUCGAUGCGAGUCAGUUGACCCCCGACAUGGGCGGCUCUCUGAUCUAUUCACAUCAUGAGUGGAUUCAGCAGCGGAUUUCGCUUGAGAAGUUUUCCAGCUUGACGCAUCAAGUCUCUGCCGAGUUGGACGUAUUUAUUCAGGCCAUACAUGACACAGAGUUUCCCAAUAACGUUGAGGCGACUAGAAAACUAUUGGAAGAUCAGGGCGUGGACUAUGCGCGAUUGAAGGAUGAGAUUCUUGCCGCUGCGAGACAUGGCGAGACGCUCUUGAACAAGAUCAAGUCAAACGAAGAGCUCAAGGAGUUUUCCGAACGCACUGGCAAUGUCAGCGCCAUUGAGAGACUGCUCGUCCAGCUGGAGGAAACGGAGCGUCGCUUCGACGAGUUCUGGCGGACACAUCGCAAUCGCCUGGAGCAGUGUCUCCGAUUGCGCAUGUUCGAGCAGGACUUUCGGGAGCUACAGAACAUCUUCGAUGGACAUCUGAAGACGGUGGCCGAAAUGACAGAGAUCGGUGAGAGCGUCGAUCGUGUCUCCACACUCAUUCAGGAGACAGAACAAUUUCGUGCCCUCAUCAAAUUGGACGUGGAACACGCCGAGGAGGUUAUACAAACUGGUCAGCAACUGGUUGGCUCCCGCGGGGUCUAUCCCUGGGAAAUUGUUCAGCCCAAGUGCGAUGAACUGCAGCGUGUCUGUGACAUCAUCAGCAUGCGCCUGACAAAGCGCUUAGAGAUCCUGGCGAAAAACAGCGAACUUAUGGAGAGAGUUGAAAAGGCUAAUCAAUGGUGUGCCAAUGGCGUGGAGCUUUUGGCCUCUCAGAGGAUUGAGAAGUGUUCAGUUUCAGCUGAUUUGGCUGAACAGAGUCUGCACGAAAUUCAGGCGUUUAUUGCAUCUGCAUCUGAUUUCAAACUAUCUAGUCCAAGUGAAUUCAAGAAGAUCUUCCUGGAAAGCACCACACCUGAAACCAAAGCUCUUGUAUCUCAGGUCUUGCAACGCAUUGACGACGUGUCCCUGAUGUGCGACAAGCGCAUUGCGAGCCUCAAGAAACUGGCCCUGAAACCACCGCGUCCUGUGCAACAAGUCACCCCCGAGCCAGCCGUGCCCCUGCAGCCUCCGGGCGGAGCGCCACACCUGUUGCGUCGCAAACAGAUUAAGACUGGUAUACAUGAGUUACGACCCAGAUCUAUGGACGGUGUCAUUGACCCGGGUUCGUUAAUUGGCGACAACAGUUCGAGUCCAGACAAUGCUGAACAUGCAAUACAAAAUCAACAGGAUGCUGAGGCGCGAAGACUUAAACGGGGUCACGUGCUAUCUGAACUACUGGAGACGGAACGGAUCUAUGUUAAUGAAAUGAGUUCCAUUCUAAAGGGCUACUACGAUCAAAUGCAGUCAGACGAGCUGAUGCAUCUUGUGCCGGCCAGUCUGCAGGGCAAGGAGGACAUACUCUUCGGCAACCUGCACGAGCUCUACACCUUCCACAACGAGGUGUUCCUCAAGGAUCUGGAGAAUUGCAUAUCCACGACCGAGCUUGUGGCGCUUUGUUUUGUACAAAGGCGUGAUACCUUCUAUCGACUGUACUCGUUCUAUUGUCAGAACAUUCCGAGAUCAGAGAGACUGCGUGAGACGCUUGUGGACACGCAUCUCUUCCUACAGGAAUGCCAAAAGAGAUUGGGCCAUAAGCUGCCACUGGCCGCGUAUCUGCUGAAGCCCGUCCAAAGGAUAACCAAGUAUCAGUUGCUACUGAAGGAUCUGCUACGAUUCAGCGACAGUGGCAGCUGCACCAAGGAGUUGCAGAAGGCUCUCGACUGUAUGCUCAUCGUGCUGAAGUGCGUCAAUGACUCCAUGCAUCAGGUGGCCAUCACGGGAUUCCCUACCGAUCUGACUCAGCAGGGAGACCUGCUACUGCAGGAUUCGUUCCAGGUGUGGACGGAAUCAAAGAAGGACAUCCGAUUGCGCAUCAAGCCACAACAGCGUCACAUCUUUCUCUACCAGAAAUCGCUGCUAUUCUGCAAGCAAACCUCAAAAACGGGUCACAACAAGAGCACCUAUCAGUUCAAGCACCACGUUAAGAUGUCGCACAUCGGUCUAACCGAGUCUGUUCGUGGCGAUGCCAAACGAUUCGAGGUGUGGCUACAAGGACGCCAAGAGGUUCACACAAUGCAGGCUCCAUCGCUGGAAGUGAAGAACAAAUGGGUGGCCGAGAUCAAGCGGGUGUUACUUAACCAGCUCGAGGAGUUGAAGGGCGAGAAGAUUAAGCAGUACGGCCUCAACCAUCGAGGACUUAAGCAGACAACGUCCUGGGACACGCCAAACAUUAUUCUCAGCUCAGCAAGUCGCACAAUCAGCUGUGACGCCUCCUCGGAGUCAUCCAAUCGCAACUCCAACUGCAGCACCGAGGACAAUGGAUCCUCGACAGUUGCCGGUGGCAACUCGAGCAGCGGCAUCGGCAUUGGCAUCGGCGACAGGGAGAGGGAGCAUCAAGAGGCAUGCGGCUGGAGCUCAGAUUACUCCAACAGCGAGGAUGAGAUGUCCCUGAACGAGGAUAAUAGCACGCCGGGCAGUAAAUUCAUUGCCCUGGCUGAUUACACGGCUAUGGGACACUCGGAAGUUUCGAUGCGGGAAGGCGAAUCUAUCGAGCUAUUGAAAGUGGGCUGCGCUGGCUGGUGGUAUGUGCGCGUCUUAGAUUCCAAUUCAGAAGGUUGGACCCCGGGAGCAUAUUUGGAAUCGAUCAAUCGAAAAUCGUCUCGAUCAUCGAGCUGCAAUCAGGAGCGAAUAAAUAUCAAAUAAAUCUUUAGAAGAACACACACAGACUACGCACCUCUCUCUCUCUCUCUCUCCAAAUAUUUUAUCGGCUUUCGAAUACUCUACAGCACGCUUUCAAAACUUAAUCUAUCUGUAAGAUAGACCACAGCAUUUGAGCUUUUAUCGUAUAUUUGAAUCAUAUUACAAAUACUACACUACUCAUGGAAAACUCUACUCUAAGCCUUUCCUUUCGCCUCAACCCCGCAGCCAUGAAGCCUUGUAAAAGUGUACAUUAGGAAAUCUCUAAAGUAUUUCUUGUUAAUAAAUUAUUAUAAAAUAUGAUAAUCUACUUACAUUUAAGAAUUCCUACAAUUAUGUAUGUAGCUUCUAGUAUCUAGUCCAUAGUAUACUAAAUGUAUGUUUAUGUGCAUACUUACAUAUGUACCUAUGUACAUUAAUAUGUAUAUCUAGUAUUUUGAGGACUGUUGCAAUGAUUGUUAAGGACAACUUGUCGAAUAUUUCUUGGAGUCGUAUUAAUAUCAAUUGAUCAAAUUGUUUUCGAUUACAGUAAAUAUUUAAAAAGCAUAUUUAUAUACGAUUACAUUCAUUAAAACCCAAAUAUAUUUGUGUAAUUUACAUAUAUACUACAAUUAAGUACAUAAUAAAUAUCCCAAAUUAAAAACUAAA